GAUGGAUAUCUCGACUGGGGUCAGCAUCCAAACAAGAAUUAUAUUAAGGACCACACAGUACCAGGAGAACAUGAGGUUUGGUGUGGCGGCAAUGACUAUCGCCGAAGACUCAUCGCGGGAAUAUCGUUCGGCCGCCGACCUAUAUGGCCUGUUGCGGCAAUAACAUCCGAGUCCUGCGCUCCUGGUACACUGAUGUACCUUGUGUAACUCGUUUGUACGUCAUCCGUAUUCAUUGUAUUCGUAGGCCGCGCGCACAUUGGAUACGAAAUUGUUACGUACAAAAAAAUAAGAAUACCGGUCGUACGACUGAGAGCGAUUUGAGAAGGCACACUCAAUGUGUUUUUGGCAGUAAAAUAGUCUGUGUUUUGGUGAUUUCUUCUUCUUCUUCUUCUUCUUGACUUCGGCCUUUAAGACCAUACCGCUAAAUACAAAUCUUGCCACCUGUCCCUGUCUUCUGCAACUUAUCUCCAUCCGAUUUCUGGAUCUAAUGUUUUUAAAUCCUUUUUUACACAGUCUUCCCACUUCAGUCUGGGUCUUCCUAAAAGUAUUUUACCUAUUGGUUCUUUCUCUAUCACCUGUAUAACUAGAGAUCCUUGUUUACGCCAGACAUGGCCCCCUCACAUGAAUCUUCUUUUUGUGAUCUCCUUAACUAUGUCAGGUCUCUGAAACUGUCUUUUGAGUUCAUAAUUAUGCAAUUUUCUCCAUUCAUUUGUUUCACUGUCAAAGACCAUAUAUUAUAUAUAUAUUAUAUUAUAUAUUAUUAUAUAUUAUAUUAUAUGUCCAUAUAUUUUUCUUAAAACUUUCCUCUCGAAUACUAGUCUCUGUUCUUCAGCUUUCCUCAAUGCCCAUGUCUCAGAACCAUACAGGACAAUAGGUCGUAGUAAUGUCAUAUACAUUCUUAUUUUUAAAUUUUUAGAGAGUGUCCUCAAUUUUAAUAUUCUUUCUAAUCCAUAAUAUCCCUUGUUGGCUAAUUGUAUUCUCGACGAAACCGCUGUCUUAAGUUCAUUAUCUUGAGUAAUAAUCGAUCCCAGAUAUUUGAAUUGUGAUACUUUCCUAAAUGUGUGUCCUUCUGACUCAAUAUGUUCUAGUCCAUAAUCUAUUACUUCGACUAACAAUAGAGUAUUCUGUCUUAUCAUCAUUAACAGUUUAUCCUACUUUCUCUGCGACCAUUAUAAGUUUCUUUCCCAGACUUUUUAUCAUCUCAAUAUUAUCUCCCAAGAGAGCAAUAUCUUCUGCGUAUACUAUGAGCCCUAUUUUUACCUGACCUAGCUCAAUUCCUUCUGAAACGUUCAUUUCUCCUACAAUUUUUUCAAGUACCAGGUUAAACAACACUGGAGAUAGCGCAUCGCCUUGUCGCCUUCUUUACAAUAAGUCCUCCACCACUUGCAAAAUCUAUAAGCCUGAGUCCAUUCUCACUAGUUACAUCGUGAAGGCUAUGGAUACCAAUCAUUAACCAAAAUAUGUUCUCCUUCCCUAACUUGGCAUUGAAGUCUCCUAGGACUAUUCUAAUUCUAUUUCGUGGGAUUUCAUUUAGCGUGUGUUGUCCUUUUCCUCUUGCGUUUUCUCUUGGGUGCAUGCCCAUUCACAAAUGUGAUAUCGAAAUAUUGUGCUUCUAUUGUUAACACUGAUAUUCUUGGGUUAAUGCUUUUGAGUUCUCUUACUGAAGGUACUAAGUUUUUAUGUACUGCGAAGCCCGUUCCAAACUGACAAUGUCUAUUACACUCCCUGUAGAAAAUCGUUGUUCCUUGGAUAUCCAGUGUUUCUUCAUCAUUCCAUCUUAUCUAUUGUAGGGCCACCACUUCUAGUUUAUAUCUCUCUGUCUUCUCAACUAAGCAAUGUAUUGUUCCAUGUUUAUAAAGUGUGCGAAUGUUCCAUGUUCCAAAAGAUAAUCCAUUUUUCCAUUUUCCAGUCUUGUUUUCCAUAGCUCCACGAUUCCGAGGCAAGUUUGUUGUUAGUUCCUGAACAAUAUUUUUUUUCUAAGGCAGGGUUGUUAGCCCUGCGCUAAACCCCCAACCUGGAGGACCAAUCUACUCCAACUAAUUAAGGUCAGAGUAGGGCUAUUGCAGUGUACUUAUUAAGUGCACUGGGCAAUGGGCGCGCCGCUUUCCCUACGCCUCAGCUCGGGCCCUGGGUUCACUAAGCCUGUACCACUAGGUGUUCCCCUGAGGGUGUUUUGUUGAUAUACGAAUAUGAUUUGGUAUUUUUAGUGUGGUAUUUGAAAUGAAAAAUUCAAAAUUGUAUUUAAAAUUUUUUAAACAAAUCGAGACAGCCAUUAUGUAAAUCCAAUUUUUAGAAAAAUGUUGGCGUCAAAAACUUUUACUGAGGUAAAGUCAAUUCAUUUUAAGAAAUUUUUAAAGUUUUGUAAAAUAUGACAUUUUUUGAGUGUUUAAAUUUACAAAUGUGUUUUGGCGAUUAACUUAGUUAUAUUUGUUAUCAAUUAUAGUUUUAUGUUUUUGGUUUUAAAUUCACAAAAACAUGCUAGUUCAAGACGUAUUGUUUUAUUAUUGAUUUAUAAAUACACCUCGACAUAGUAGCUACCACAGAUAUAGAUAAUAAACUGCUGUAUAAUUAGGUAGUAGGUAUCAUAGAAAUUAAUGUUACUGUCAUUUGCUGUUAUCUUUGUGUGCAAUUAGAAUCAUCAAUUUUUUCGAUUAUAAAUUUUUAUGUUAUUUUCCAUUACUUGAAUAAUAAUCACAAUAUUAUUGGUAAAUAAGAAUAGGUAGGUGUUAGGUAUUUGUAAUUACUGAUUUAUAAUUUGUAUUUUAAUAUUUUUCACAUUGAAUUAGAGCGAUUUUAAUAAGUUGUAAUUGAACAGUUGAUCUUUUUGUACCUACAAAUUAAUAUCCAAAUUGUGUUAAUACUGGACAACAUGAAUACUAGUACUUUGGAUGAAGGUGUUUCACAAUCCUCUACAAUAAUUUCUUAAUCAUAAAUCAUAAUCACAAUAACCAACAUGCCCCAAUGAUAAUAAUAUAAUAAAUAACUAAUUAAAAAUUAUUUUGUAAGUAUUUUAUAUUUUUACUUAUGAUUGACACUGUUCCAUUGAAUUGAUUUUUUGAUAUUCAUCGAGUCAAAAAGGAGAUCAUGAGGUUCUGUUUGCGCUGCGGCUACCGCUGAAGACUCAGGAAUAGGGAAUAUGUUGCGGGAAUAUUGUUUGGCCGCCGACAACUACGACUCUUCGCGGCAAUAGAGUUGGAGUCUUGGGCUCCUGGUACAUGGAGGUCUCUUUUGUAUCUCUUACGAAUACAUUGAAGAUGCGUACACAUAUUCGUAUAGGAACUUGAUUUGGUAUAUUUAUGUACCCUUAAAUGAUAUAGUUUAGAAUACAGUGAAAAAUUAACAUAAACAGAAAUUAAAACUUGUAACAUGUACCUAUAACACGAACCUUUUCAAUACAAAUUGAUUAAUUAAUAACUUACUGGUUUUCACUAUACUAUAUUUUAUGAAAUAUUGUGUUACAAUGUGGUCUCUGUAUUAUAAUUAUUUAAAACUCGGAUGUAAACUGUUAGUAAUACAUUUAUUUAAACCAGUGGCGUGGCAUUAAGCAGUCUGCAAUAGUGUAAGCAAUCGCCAAAAAAUAUAUACCUACCUAUACCUCCAGCUAUUUUUACUAUCCCUAGAAAGCCUAGUUCUUAAAUAAACACUGCAUAGAGUAAUAAUAUUUUGAACUGAUGAGAGUUUAAAUAUAGUAGUUUCGUAUGUGGUCUUACUAAUGCUGUUAGUAUAGCAAAUAGCAUCAAGCUAUUAAUAUCACGAUGAUAGGUUGUAAAACACAUUUAAAAGUUGCUUAUAAAACAUCAUAUCCUUAUAUUUUUCCAAAAUUCUAAAAUUGUAUGUAUAAUUUUACAUUAUCAGAACAUGAUCAUUGCUUAAAUUAUUCAUUUAAAAAUACAUCUAUAAUAUUUUAUAACUGAAAGUGUAAGCGCAGUGCUUAUGUGCAUGCUACGUCACUGAUGUUAACAACUAUAAGAUCUUAAUAUACAAGUUAUGAGAGCUAGACUACGACAAUACGACUACAAAACAUUUUGAAAAAAGUAAAAUGCACUGAAUAUGGAAAAAUAAAUGAAAGGAAUAUACAGCAAAACAAUUCUUAAAGUUGGUAAUUUUACAUAGAAAUAAUUUAUUUUAAUAGAAGAAAUUAUUUAAAAUGAGUUAUUAUUAAACAUAAAUAUGUUUAGAAAUAUAAAUUAUUUGAUUAUUAUUUAUUAUCUAAAAGUGUUAAUAUAAUAUUUUUUACAACAUAAAUAAAUUAAUGAGAAUGUAAGAAUAUAUUUUUACUAUACCUAUUUAGUUAUGCAAAUAACUUUAAUUUCUUUUUGAUAUAAUAAGAGUAGAGUAUAACAAUAAGAAAUCAAUAGUUAAAAUAGAAUAUUAAAAAAAAACACUUUAUAUCACGAACAAAUUAGUGAGAAUAUAGGAAUAGCUAUAUUUUUUUUAUUUUUAGUAACACUAAUUAUUUUAAUUUGCAUUUUACUUUUAGAACAUAGAAUACAUUUUUUUAAUAAUUAAUUUAAUAUAGUACAUUAUAAAAAUAAGAAAACAUUUUCAUAAGUCAUAACAUUUUAUAACAAAACAAUAUUAAUAAACAAAGAUUAAUAUAAUUAUUAGUAUUUAAUCACAUAUUUAGUCAAAUAAAUUACUUUCAUAUUAUAAUUUAGAUUAUACGUUAUUAUUUGGUUUAUAAACUAACCACUACUUUUUUAGAUUCUGAGUGAGGCAAAGAAGAUUAUGGUUUUACGAUGUUUAUUUUUUUUCUGUGGACAACUUUUCUACCCAAAAUCUUGUUUUGAUUUUCAAGUGUGGCACUUUUUCUGAAAAGAAAACUGACCGGGAAGGUAUUUUAGGGAGGUCAUUUUUUGAUUUUACUAGUAAAUGAAACAAACUAGGAGAAAAGGUACAUUAUGAAACAAAUAUUAUUAAAGAACAUAUACAAUGCCUAUGUAAUUAUUUUGCCAUAAUAUGACACAUAUAUUGUUGACAAAACAACACUAUCAACUGAAUUGUUUUUUGUUGGCAAUAAUUUAUCUUGCUUACUGGUAAUGGUAAUGGUAAUGAAAAAAAUUAAAAAAUUUUUAAACUUAUAAAAUUAUAGAAAUUACUCCAUUAUUAUUAAACAUGCAUACUAGCACCAAAAUUUUGUUUUAAAAUAUAUUUAUAAAUGGCUAUUUCAGAUUUUGUAAAAUAACUUGGUUAAAAAUUAAAAUGAUUAUUAGUUUUUUAAAAAAAUUAAAAAUGUUGAAGUAGUAGUACAAGGCUCAAGUAAUUAUUAUUAAAAGAAAAAAAACUAAAAAUAUUGAAAUUAACAAAAAUUAUUUUCUAUGUCUGAUGUUUGUGUUAUAUUAUAUUAUGUAUACAUAAUAUAUAAAUACAUUACUUUAACAAAAUAUUUUAAAAAAUAAUAAAUAAUAAUAUAGAAAAUAAAGUAAAAAGAUAUCCUAAAAUAUAAAUAUUAUAAUUUUUAUUAAAAUGUUUGAUAAUAUUACAUGUAAAAUAUUAUCAUUAAUAUUGUUACAAUAUUAUUUUAGAUUCUGAAUGUAGCAAAGUAGAUAUUAGUUUUAUUGACAAGUAUUUUUUUUUAUUGAUAUACUUUAUUCCAUACUGAAAUUUAAAUGUUGUGAAUUUACAACCUGAUGAUACUUUAUUGACUUUUUAUUUUUUCUCUGAAAACACUUUUUAGUCAGUCAAAAUGCUUCACAUAAAUAAUUUACACCUUAUUUUAAAUGUUGCAAUAAUAAUUAUUUUUCUGGAAAAAUUUUUCUAAUAAGUUUAAAAAGAAAAAACUGAUAUAAAAUGAAUGGUUUUCAUUUUGUUAAUUUCUGGGUACAAGGAAAAAACAUGACUAAUAAUAAGUUAUACAGAGUGUCCCACAAAGAUAUACUCAUUGUAAUAUCUCCUGAUAUAAUAAAGACAAUAGAAUUCUGUUUUUUUCUUCUAUCACACACAGGGAUAAUAACUACAAAUAUUGUUUUGAUAAAAAAAAUAAAAAAACUUAUUUUGUAAUAAAUUGUAUUAUUUUUGAAAAAUUUGAAGAGUCAUUUAAUUAUUAUAGAAAAUUCUUCUGAAAAUUUUGACAUUCCAACAUUUUAUUUUUAGUAAUUUUUUGAAGCUCAGAGAAAGUACCUACUUAUAAUUAUCCAGCAGUCUGUAAUCGCAUUCACUAAUUUAUCAUCAUUAUUAUGGCUAUUAACUGUACAGUUUUUAUCACUGAACUUUAAACAAUCAUUAAAAAUCUCGAAUUUUCAAAAGAAUCAACUCUACAAAAUGGCCAUCUUCAAAUUUUUCAAAAAUAAUAAAAUAAAGUUAUGUUUUUGAGUUUUUUACCAAAACAUAAAUAAUUAAUUGAAGUAUAAAUAUUUGUAGUACUUAUGAGUAUAUCCCUAUGAGUAAUAUGUAUAUAUGUAUAUAUAUACACACUGCAUGUCCAUGAAAACAGGGUCUACUUUACCACUCAUUAUCUUGUUAAAAUUUUUCAAUUCUAUUUUCAGGACAUUAAACUAGAUAAAUAGAUCUUAAAUUCUUAAGAUUUAAAGUUUUUUUAACUCUUGUAUUCUGUGCAUGCACAACAAAACUUCACUUUUUUUAAAUGGCAACAUCUAUUUUAAAUGUCGGUUUAGGAUUUAUCGAUUUUUUCAAGCAAUUUUCAUGUAUCAACUUGUAUUCUAAACUCAAAAUUGGUUAAACAAGAACGAAGUGUAAUUUUUUUUUGUAACUGAAUUAAUUAUUGUAUCAUACUUUAUUAAUUACUUUGUAUUGUGGUGUUUAGAAAUAAAAAAUAUGUUCAGUUAAAAAAAAAAUCAAAUUUAAUACAUUUUUUUAAAAAUUACCCUUAGUUCUGGUUUAGCCAAUUUUAGGUUUAGAAUACAAGUUGAUGUGAAAAUUGCUUGAAAGAAAUCAAUAAAUCCAAAAAUAACAUUCAAAAUAGGGAUUGUCAUUUAAAAGAAGUACUUUUAUUGCACAUAUUCAGAAUAGAAGAAUUUAAAAAAUUGUAAGUAAACUUAGGAAUUUAAGAUCUAUUAGUCUAGUCUAAUGUCCCAAAAACAGAAUUGAAAAUUAUUUACAGGAUAAUGAGUGGUUAAGUGGACCAGUAAUAAAAAAAAAAACAAUUUGAUUAAUUGUAUAUUAUCACUAGAGAUAUUACAAUGGGUGCAUGUUUGUGGGAUACCUUGUAUAACUUUAUCUGUUUACCAAGCUCCGCUCGGAACUGUUUUUUGAUUGUAAUAAUUUAUCUUUACAUUUGUUAUUUUAUAAGCUAGAUAACCCUGUAUCGUGUACCUUCUUAACUUUCCACCUACAAUAGUGGCCUACCCAGGGUGGAAAUAUGUUAAUUUUACAUUUUAUGAAUUGCAUAACAGAAAAGUUAGUAUCAAAUCAUAAACAAUAUUUACUUAAAUUUUAACUGAUUUAUUUAAGAAUCUACUUUUUUCUUCCUUUGCAAUUAAAUUAUCAGGAAUACGUUUAUAGCAUACGUUUCCACCAACAACUAUAGCUGGCUGGCAUACUAUUCAAUGGAAAAAAUGAAGACUGCAUAAUACGAGGUUGAACUAUGUCAAGAUUCCUUUCGGUGGACAAGUACGAACCAAAUUUUGUAAUUUUGCCGUUUUAGGGAAAUCUAUAACACCAAAAACAGAUAUAUAGAUUAUAGAUAUUAAAAAUUAAAACUAAUUUAAAUAAUAAUUAUAAGUUAAAAUAAAUCUGUCAAAUAAUUUUUUUUCUCUCAUAACUUGAAUGAGUGAUGAACAAGAAUUUAGAUUCUUGAAAAAAAAAAAAAUGAAUAGCAAUAAUAAUAAUACAAUACACAUUUAUCAUAAGAAAUAAAUAUGUACAUCGAACAAAAGAUAAACCUACAAUAUUUACUUACCUUUGUUAAUUUUCGUCCUGAAUAAUUUAUGAAAUGUAUUUUAAUUUUAACAUAUUCUGUGAUCAAAACCACAGAUUAUAUUGUACUUGAGAAUACUCUGAAUACUAUAAUCUGUGAUCUCACAUUCUCGUUCAGA